AUGCAUAAAACUGGAGCAACGCGGCAUAAAAAGUUCCUUAAAGCCGAAAAGUCAAAAACUAAACUCAAGGGUAAAAAGGAUCCUGAAUUACCUAAAGGAACCAAUGUUACGAAAACCAAUUUUAAAGUUAAGAAAAUUGUGAUCAAGGAACAACUUAAAAAGCAUGUUCAGUCAGAAGCCUUGUCUACAAGAAAACUUAAUGUCAAGGAAUUGUUAUCGAGACUUAACCAUUUUAAUGCAACCUCAAGAACUGACGCUUUAGAUGGUUUAAAGGAAAUCAUAAAUUCUAACCCAGAAAUUCUUGAACAAAGUUUAGGACCGGUGAUACAGGGUGUUAGCUCCUUGAUACUUAAUGUAGAAAAAGCUGUGAGACAUUCAGCCUUAAAAGUUAUACAUUUGGUAUUGUCAAAUGUUAUAACAGAAAAGAUUGAACCAUUUUUUGAUAUAAUGUCUACUUAUUUAAGAAGUGCCAUGACUCACAUUGAUAGUAGAAUACAGGAAGACUCUUUGCUAUUCCUUGACAUACUACUACUUUGUGCACCUGAAAAAGCUGCACAAGAUUUUCAUAAAAUCAUUCCCAAUUUCUUAGAUAUGAUUUCCAAGUUGCGCACAGAUGCCAAACCAGGAAGAACAUUGACUGUUAACCUCAACAGUCAAAUAACAAGUGUUAAGUGGCGGGUUAAGGUUUUAAAUCGCCUUAAAGACUUUCUACAAAAGUUUGCAGAAUACAAUAAUAUUUUUAAACUGGAGAAAUCAAAUCAGACAAAGAUACAGACAUUUAAUAAAGAUGGGCCAAACUAUUAUCCCUUGUUUAAUCCAAUUCACAUAUCUCCAUGUGUGGUAUCUUGUUUUUCUUCAAAGACAUCUGAAAAUGUGCUUCAAAUUGAUGAAAUUGAAAAGUUCAGGGAAUAUGUUGAAACGUUAAUGCCCUUGUUAUUUGAAACAUGGCUUGAAGCAAGCCCUAACUUGAAAUCAGAUAGAAAUAUGGAAACUGUUGUUAAUGAAGAUGCAGCACUUUUAAUGAAACAUUUACUUGAAGUGAUCACAACAAUAUGGGACAUUGUCAAGUAUUAUAAUGAAAAAGCACCAAGUUCAAAAAUAAAGAAUUUGUUUUGUCAAAAAUACAAGUCUCUGUUUACUCAAAAUAUUUGUAACUCCUUUCCCUAUGUUACCAAUGUUCGAUCAAAGCAGGCUAAGAAUGCAGACAAUACAGAAGAUGUUAUAACAGAUCCAAAGUUAGUGACAGAAAAUCUACAAAUAUGUUAUCUAUUUAUUGUAUUGAAUCCUCAUAUCAAUAUAAAACAUGAAGGAAAAACCAUUACAUCUGUGUUGCACUACAUUGAAAAAAUGUUUGGUAAGUCAGAUGAAAAUAUUAACAGAAGGAUGUUAAAGAUUUUACAUACAACUUUCUCUAAAGAAGUUACAGGUUGGACAAAGAACACAUCCGUCAUGGAUACCUUAUUCCAAAAAAUUAUUUCUUUUUAUUUACAAAAUGAAGGAACAGAUGUAUUUAAGCAACAGAUAUUUAGUUUGCUCUGUCAAAUUGCCCUCAAUGAUAAAUUGUCUCAUUUACAUUCUAAUGUCUUAUAUGAGCAGUGGUUGAAAAAUUUGCCCAACAUCCUUCUUGGUGACUCGUUAUCAGUACAAACUGUUGAUAUUCUUCACAAGUUUGCUGUUACCAAAAAUAAUCUUUUUAAUUCUGUACUUAAACCAAAAUUAUUAAGUAUUAUUGGAAAUCUACCUAAAAUUAUGAUCAAAGAUUGCACAUCAAACAGUGAUUAUCACAAGUUGUUAUCUCUCUUGUACUGGAUAAAACCAUGGGAUACUGAAUCACUGAAUUUACUCGAAAACCAGUUGAUGCAAAGUCAAUACAGAGGUGACCAUGGAAAAUAUAUAUUUGAUACUUUAAGAUUGAAAAGUGGAGGAAUAUUGUAA